AUGUUCGACUGGCCGUUUAAUCUAUGGGGGUCUAGGGCUCGCCAUGAGCUCACUCUUGAAGAUGUCCACGAGGCACAAGAUCGACUAAAGAAUGAGAAGAUAGCGUUGGAAAAGGAGAUUAAAGAUAUCAAGAAACAACUAAAAGCAAGCGAUCUGGCCUACAAAGAGAAAAGCAAGCUUCUGGAAUCAGAAGCUUGUAAAUAUCAUAAAGACAUCCAGCUUCUCCAACGUCAGGCAGACCACAAACAUUCAACCGACUUCACGAAAAUCCGACAGCUAGAGAGAGGAGUCGCGGAGUGUUGCAGGCAAAAUAAGAUCCUCCGUGAAGAAAAUGAGGUCCUCCGCCGGGAGAAUAAGGCUUUCCAACAUGCGGCAGAGCUCAAUGAGCGCAGACAUUUGCUUGACGCCGAGAAGAGCCGACGGCAACAUGAAUUACUCUCACAAGCAGAGAUACGAGCUGAGGAGAACGAGAAAGCUCACCGUGGGACAUUGAAUGAGCUGUACAACGAAAUCAAUUCACUGCAAAUCGGACAAGCGCAGAUGAAUGACGAGCAGAUUUCGGGAAUAAUGCGAAAACUCGGCCAUGACUUAGACUCAUGGGUCAAACUACAUUUCAUAUACCCUCAGACAGAGGAACCCUGCAACUUUCCGUACAAUUCUCUUCAACUUCAGGCUUGGAUCCAAGCAGGCAUCGUGAACAUGAUACACAGUCACAUCUUUGCUCCAUAUCAUUUUGGAAUUCACGAUGACUCCGGGGGUCAUUUCAUCGGAGUGUUGAAAGACGGGAUUGAGAAUAUCGUUUCUGAAAAGGCACUGAGAACGUGGCAAACCAUAACCUGCGAUUUCCUCGAAGAAUCCACCAAGGACGAACGAGAAGGCUUAAUAUGCGAUAUUAUUGACCAGGUCGAAAAGCAAUUUGGCAAGUUUUCACCCACGGAUGACAAGUUAAGACAGCAUCAAUUUCAAGAGCUUGUGCAGGGCUGCGCCAAUUUCAAAACGGCUCUUAGCCGACAACAAGCUCGGUAUUUGCUCUACUGCAACCCAAUGGGAUCGGAGUUUUCCUGGGAAUUCAUGGCGUUUGGUGGAGGAGAUGGAGGAGGAACGGGGAACGCACAGUACGAAGGCAUCAACGAGGUGGGCACCGUGAUCCAGAAGGACAUAUACCAGGUCACCCCUCGCAGCACCAUCAUCCACCACGCAUCCAUUGCACCCUCUCGGCCCCCAAACCUUCCCUGCAUUUUAUCGAUGGAAAUCAUCCAGCGAAUCAAGAAGGACAUGACCAUUCUCAUGCCAUUGAUUGCGAGGACCGUCGAACUUGCCCUUCGUGUCUCGCGCCUUGCCCUGCCGAGUGUUCUCAAUCGCUCGCGGCCACGCAUCAGUUGCCAGGUUGACAUACUCUGCCACCAAGAACUUGAAAUGCUCGGGUCUCUCCGAGAAAUAUUGAGUGGUGCGUGA